GCUCAAGAUGCUGAAGGCACGCUGCACGCCCUGACACCCGUUGGGUGUGUCAGGGCGUGGACCGAACCCCAUGCUCUAUUUGAUCGGGCUGCUGAGCGCAGCUCAUGCCCUCAAGGUGCUCGAUGUUGGCCCCCCAAGGACCGGCACGCAAUCCAUGCACGCGGCCAUGCAGAUUUUGGGGAUGGAGGCCCUGCACAGCGGCUACCACCAAUCGGAGCGGAAAACGGCGUGCAAGUAUCUCUUUGGCAAUGGCACACUGGAAAAUGUGUGGGCCACACUGAGCAAGUAUGACGCGGCCAUGGAUGAGCCCUUCCACCUCUUGUACGAGGAGGUGAUGGAGACGUUCCCAGAGGCCAAGUUCGUGCUGCAGGUCAAAGAUCCGGAGGCCUGGUACGAGAACUACCUGGCGAUGGAGCGGGGAUUGUUCCCCAACGGCGACCCUCUGAAGUUUGCGCCUUCGUGGCAGAAGAAGUGCAACGCCGUGGGUGUUUGGGGCUGCAACUGGCACACACCCACCGCUUCCUCCAAGAAGGCAUGCAUGGACAACUUCAAGCGCCACAUCGCGCGUGUGCAGGAAGUAAUUCCGGCCCACCGGCUGCUGGUGUACGACUGGGCGGACGGCUGGGCAGCCUUGUCCCACUUUCUGCAACUUCCUGUUCCAGAAGGUCUUUUCCCAAGCGUCGACUUGCCCGGGGAUUUCACCAUACCGGGCCACCUAGCAGAACAUGUGGCAAGCUUGCGAUGACAAAAAAG